UGCGGAAAUUGGUGCGGAGUGUUUUCUCGAUUGGCGCGGAAUCGGCGCAGAACUGGCGCGAAAUGGGUGUAGUACUGGCGCGGACUUGGGCGCAGAAUUGGCGCUGAAUAAGCGCGGCUUGCCCGAGGAGUGGUACGGUUAUUGAGGGGUGCUUUGCUUUCGUUUGAUUGGUCUGCGGAAGCACCGAGGGGCCCGAUUUGGAACAUUCACGUGGGGCCUGCAAAUGUGCGGGAAACGCGGAGCUGGUUUUUGCGCAGCACUGCAGCGGUGGCCGGAGCUGAGGUUCGGCGCUGUGCUGGGGGAGGUUGGGAUUCGCCCUCACGAAAGCCUUCCGAUGGAUUAGCACUCUCCUCUGGCGCCCUCAGGACAUCUUGCCCUCUGCUUGACCCGUGCGCAGGAUUGCCUUCGCAGACGGCGGGAAGGAGGACGGUGACACAUUUCUUCUUCCGCGAUUCUGCGCCCGCUCCCGCUUGUCUAAUACUGCUUUUCUUCUUCCCCUCGUGUUGUUUACUAGGGAGGAGGAAGAAGAGCGCGGGGACUGAAUUGCAGGAGCGGCGGGGGGGGGGGUAGAGGGAGGGAGUAAAAAGGGGAAGGAAGACGAAGGGGAGGGACGAGAAAGGACGGGAGGGAGAGAGGGAGAGUCUGUAAGGCAGGGAGCUUAAGACUGGCGCUCAGCGGGAAUGGGGAUCGAGACGGAGAAGCUGUCAGCGAAAGCGCAACUAAUAAGAGAGAGUUUGACCAGGAGUCAAAUGCUGACGAACUCAAUGGUUGGGAUCUUGGGCACGUUCGAUGCGCGAUUGUCCGCUCUCGAGACUGCGAUGCGGCCAACACAGGUUCGAACCCAUGCUUUCCGGAAAGCUUUUGAGAACAUAGAACAGGCAUUGACGGCUGCGGACUCGAUUCUGGUGAAGUUUGACGUCUCGCGACAGGUGGAAUCAGUCAUUCUCGCCAACCAAGUGAACGACUAUGAGAACUACUUUUUGGCGAUUGACCAACUUCAUGAGGUGGUUGACUUUUUUGACAAGAAGAGGCACUUCAAGAGCACGGAAGCGGCUCUUCAUCAUGCACUAGGCUUGCUUAACAAAGCUUUGUUGAAGCUGGAAGAGGAGUUCCGCAACCUCCUCCAAACUCACAGCAAACCAGUCGAUACAAACAAAUUGCUUGAAGCUAUGCCAGAGCAGCACACCGGGGGAAUUUCUGAAAACGGCAUGUGGACACGAGAUGUUGCAAUGCCCAAAGAACGCUAUCGUGCAGGAGCAGAUCCGUCAUCGAAGGGUGGAGAAGCACUGGUUUCGCCUUCAGUUUUGCUGCCAGAAAAAAUAACUACGGAUUUGCAUGGAAUGGCUCUGCGCAUGCUUGCUGGCAACCGUGUAGCAUCAUGUACAAAGAUGUACAGGGAAAUCAGAAGUACAGUUCUGGAGCAGACGUUAAGGAAAUUAGGAGCUGAAAAGUUAAGUAAAGAGGAUGUACAUAGACUGCAGUGGGAGGACUUGGAAAGCAAGAGAGCGAGUUGGACGCAAUACAUGAAAAUUGCGGUGAAGGUGUUGUUUUCGGGUGAGCGGUUGCUGUGCGACCAAGUGUUUAAUAAAUUGAACCCUUUCCGGGAGGACGUGUUUAGAGAUGUAACAGAGCCAUCAAUGUCGAUGCUAUUGAGCUUUGGAGAGGCCAUAUGUAAGAGCAAGAAGACACCCGAGAAACUCUUCUUGCUGUUGGACAUUUACGAGACUUUAAGGGAUCUCAUGCCCGAGAUAGAUAACAUUUUUUCAGGCGCUGCUUCUUCAGCUAUGCGCGAUUCCUGCAAGACUUUGACAAAAAGGCUAAUGGAUGUUGCAAGGGAGACCUAUGCAGAGUUUGAAAGUGUUGUUGAGCGCGACAACAAACCUGUUACGAACAUGGACGGGGAUGUGCAUGAAUUCACGGCAUGGGUCGUCAACUAUGUCAAGUUCUUGUUCAAGUACCAGGGCACACUGAAGGAGAUAUAUGGGGAGGCACCGGAAAAAACAUCAACAUAUCUUACGGAGUCGACGAAAAAGAUUAUGCAAAUGCUGCAGGAUAACCUGGAUGCGAAGGCUAAGCCGUUCAAGGAUGCGGCGCUGAGGCAUAUCUUUCUUAUGAACAAUGUGCACUACAUUGUUCGGUCUGUGCGAAAAUCUGAGGCAAAGGACCUUCUGGGCGAUGAUUGGGUUUCCCGACAUCGACGUAUCGUACAGCAGCAUGCUUCAUCAUAUCAACGAGCAGCGUGGGGGAAUGUUUAUGGGUUUUAUCUCAGUGGUAAGGGUCUUUCAUCUGGGAGUGAAGGCUCAGACGGAAAUAUUUCAAGAUCAAGCUUAAAAGAGAGGAUGACACGUGGGGACACCGGCGCGCAUCGAAAGUUGCUCAAAGACAGAUUUAAGAACUUCAAUGCAGCAUUGGAGCAGCUGCAUACGACUCAGUCACAGUGGAUCAUCCCUGAUGACGAGUUGCGUGACGCAGUCCGGCUGUCCGUUGCCGAGGUCUUGCUGCCAGCAUACCGUUCAUUCUUGACGCGUUAUGGACACUCAUGCUCACAGCAUUCCAAUCGUGAUGCUCGGGGUACACACCGCUACACAGCUUUGAUCCCCUCGUAAUCGACCUCACUAAGGGCAGGUAACUAACUCUACAGCAGGUGAGGAUCCUGUUCUAUGUCAUUUCUUUCUCUCAGAGGCAGUGACCCCACAGCAUUCAUUCCGAUAUACGUAAGUACGGUGUGGAUUGCAUUAUAUUCAUUCUCUGCGUAACAUUUCCUUGCUUCGUUAUCACCAGUCUCUGGUACUUCCUCCCCCUGCUUGUACUAAUUUGCGUAAUUGAGUGUAUAUCCGACAGCUGCACAGUAUGUUUGUUAUAUUAUGAAUUCAGCUCUUGUAGUAGGAACUGGGAAUAAAUCUGGCAGAUCUGGUCCGUCCGUGUAGAUUGGCAGGUUGCUAGCAUGUGAGGAAUGCUGUCCAGGAACAGUAGGGUAGUUGAAAAAAUUUUAUGUGUUUCGCUUCCGUGAUUAGUUCUCUCCUUCUCUCUUCACAGAAGCAGUAGCGCUUGACUGGUGUCAUGUAUUUUUGAGUUUGAGCCCGUUCACACGACCUGAUAGUUUUUGCAGCUGUAGAGUUCGUUGACUGGUGUAUGAUCGUUCGUAUUGUCUGAGCUCAUGUGUCAGAGUGCACAUAGCCGAUAAGUGCGAGGUCUCAAAGUGACCUCUGUUCUCCCCAAGCGGGAAAAAAUGAAGGCGUUCAGAAGGGUUAUUUUUCGGAAUAAAGUUGAUUAGGGACUGCUAAUGGGAAGAGAGAGGUGGGGAGGUGUGCAAUCAUCCAGAGCGGAUGACCACUGAUUGCAGUUUGUACUAUGAUGGUCCCAUAAGGUGAGGUAGGAGAGCCGGGUUGUAAAAGGUCGACGGCACGGGAAUCGGCGUCCGCAGUCCAGUCAUUACAGAGUGGCCUUCCAUAUGUUCCCUCUAUUCGCUAGCAUUUCGCCGUCUCCAGUCAGGUUUUUCAGAUGACCAGCAAGCGCGAGUUUUCAGCAGUUGUGAAGUGUUUUGACUUUUAAACACAUUCAUGUUGUUAGGGAAUGGCCUUGUAUGUCGCUCCCUCUGUUUGCUAGCAUUUCGUCGUCUCCAGGCCAAUUUUGCAGAUGACCAGCAAGGGGUUUCAGCAAUUGUGAAGUCUAUUUUUAGACGCAAAUUUACAGAUGAGAUGGCUCCUUAGGGUGCACUGGAGUAGGAACUUAUAUAGCAUGCGUUGCUAGAGCUUGCGUAUCCAUCUUCGUUUGUGGAAAGUGUCGCUCGGUCGUCCACCCACACCCACCCGAUAGGGGCGUCUGUCUUCGUUUGUGUAAAGUGUGCGCCUGUCUUCCGCCAACCCAUUAGGGGCAGGACUAUGCAGGAGUGAGCUAUAACACCGAGAACAUAGCUUACAGCCUAUUGGAAGCUGGUGAAAGUGUCGCUCGGUCGUCCACCCACACCCACCCGAUAGGGGCGUCUGACAGUCAGACCUGUGGUUUGGAUCACAUGGCACACAGUUUGGUUUGGUGUACUUGGUGUUUUGAACGUAACGUUUGAGAAAAAGUACAUCGUCGUAUGUGCACACAGUGUGUGGGGUUGGUUUUGUCUGCACACAAUAGGUGCCUCGCCGAAAAACACGCCCUUUCUUGUCUUGUCAUCAAAUAUGAUAGGAUCGGAAGGAAGCUGGUUAUGGUCUUGGAGACUCACUCUUGUCUCUCAGUCUAUUUUGCCGCCAUUGUAGGGGUUGUCAUGCAGGACUCAGAGUCAGAGCAGCAUGCAAGGUGUGGAAUCCGUACUACAGAUUGAAGGCUUGACGACCACUUAUAGACAGCACUGUCACUACUAAUUGAGCUGUACAUGGUAAUGACGAUCGUCGUGGCCAUCGUGGGGUGGUGGUGGGUAUGGUCGAUUGGACGUUAGGCCAGCGAUGGCUGUUAGGUUUCCUAGUUGCAUUGUAGAUGGUAGUGAUGACGGUGCUCGUGAGGAGGAUGGUCGUAUGAAUGGUUGGUAUAGGGAGUUAUGCUCUGGUGAGCUUGUUCCAGUUCCUUGCUGAAUAGGGGAACGUAAUGAUGAUCGUCAUGGAGAUGG